UGCUGUGCUCCGUACUCCACUUUCUAUCGAUUUCAAACCCCUUCGUACCAAAAAUAAACUCCAGUCGGCUCAUCUCUAAUCCAGUUUUUUAUUUUAUGGUUAUUCCGACCUGAUGGGAAAUAUACGAAGGUCUCAAAUUAUAUCAACAUCAACUCUCGAACAAACGUAACAUACGAAUUCCUACGGCUGGAACUGCUAUAUAUAUUCUCUUACAGCCUACAACUCAUUACAGGAUCGACAAUCAGCAUCACUCUGCGUUUCGGUAAUGUCUCAAUGCAUAAUUCCGUGCACUUGGCGACCCACCAAAUUGGUAAAGCACCUUUCCUCCCAAGAUCUCGGCAUCCCCUGAUAACUUGGCAGCGGUAUAUUCAGAAUGAAAAACGUCUUCCGUGUGAUCGGGAUAGGAACUUCAAUUACUUGAUGCUAGUGCAAAAUCACCAUGAAUGAGGCUAUGCUCAAUAUGGGUGUCCUUGAGCUUGCUUGGCAUUUGCCUAUACCCAAAGCCAUUGUGGCGGACGAUCGGAAUAGAUCUCGUAACUAUUUUUGAUAUUCAUCUGAUCCUGUAGGUUUCCUUUCACUCAUUCAAGGAGCAUAUACAGAUUCACUCUUUUGCUUUCUCAAUUCAGCCUCGAAUCUUUCUUAGGAAUCAGUCCCUCUUUUAUUCUAGAUUUCAUACAUACGUCAAACUGUCAAAUUUUAUCAUACCUAUUCGUACUUCCAUGUGCAUGUGCAUGUUCCAUUCUCCUUCUAUUUCUACAUUAUGAAGCUCGACUCUCCUUUAAUCUAUGCGGCAAGUUUCUAUGUCCUUGCCGGUCAAGGCGUGGAGGGUGCCAUCACACUUGAUAUUACUUCUACAGAUUCAAUCAAGACAGCGGCAGGUAAUAUAGCAUAUGAUCUCAUGUCAUAUUACACCGGAAACAACACAGGAGAUGUGCCAGGAAAUUUACCAGCACCAUAUUAUUGGUGGGAGGCGGGAGCAAUGUAAGGCUUUCCCUGCUCUCUCGAGGAUCAACACUGACUAUCUUCUAGGUUUGGAACCAUGGUAAACUAUUGGUAUUACACAAACGAUACAACCUACAACGACAGUGUCCAACAAGCACUACUACAUCAAGCUGGAGACGAUGAUGAUUUUAUGCCUUUGAAUCAAACCAAAACAGAAGGGAAUGAUGAUCAGGGUUUUUGGGGAAUGGCAGCGAUGACAGCAGCGGAAACAAAAUUUCAAGAUCCUCCAAGUCCACGUCCUGGAUGGUUAGCACUUGCACAAGGAGUCUUCAAUACUCAAGUCGCGCGAUGGGAUAAUUCAACAUGUAAUGGUGGAUUUCGAUGGCAGAUAUUUACUUUCAACAAUGGGUACAAUUAUAAGAACAGCAUUUCGAAUGGUUGUGUCUUCAAUUUAGCGGCAAGACUCGCAUUAUACACUGGGGAAUCGAGCUAUGCGGAUUGGGCGGAGAAAAUAUUUGAUUGGGUAUAUGGAGUAGGACUUAUCUCGCCAGACUACAAGGUAUAUGACGGGACCCAGAAUUCCGACAAUUGUACGGAUAAAGAUCACAAUCGUUGGACCUAUAAUAGUGGGAUAUAUCUCCUUGGAAGUGCUGCCAUGUACAAUCACGUAAGCUUUAAAAGUUUCCAUUAGUUACUUUUUGUAGAUACUGACCUAUUUAGACAAACGGCAGCGCUAUAUGGAAAGACCGUGUUACAGGCCUUUUAAACUCAUCAACAGAUUUCUUCCAGAAUGGAAUUAUGGUCGAAGCUUGCGAAACCGGUACAUGCAAUAACGAUCAACAAUCUUUUAAGUGUUAUUUUGGACGAUGGUUAGCUGCAACAGCUAAACUUGCACCUUUUACCGCCGAAACCAUCAUGCCUUUAUUAACUACCACAGCAACAGCAGCAGUAAAAACCUGUACGGCUGGAAAACGAGGCAAUUCAUGUGGUUUGAAAUGGACCACAGGAGAACAUGAUGGAAUUACCGGCGUAGGAGAACAAAUGUCAGCAUUAGAAGCCGUUCAAGGUCUUUUGGUACCGCAAACCAGGGAUUGGGUUAGUCAGGUUCAAGGCACGGGGACCAGUGAGGGUAAUGAAAACGCAGGGACAGAUUCGAAGGUGAAUACCGAUGGAACUGAAAUUACACCCGUCACUACGGCCGAUAGAGUCGGAGCUUCCAUUUUCACCAUGGCCAUUGUUGCCGGUGUUAUUGGUGGAAGUGGAUUUUUAUGUAUCGAGUGGUUUUGAAAUCCUGUGGAGGAAAUUUACUAUGUUUAUUCCUCCAUGUGAACGUAUUUUGGAAAAAUCAUUGGAUUGCGCAUCGUUGCACUCUCUUGGUUAAGCAUAUCAUCGGCGUUUUGUAUCGGGAUAAUUGGAUAAGAGGGAAUGGAUCCUCGGGAAAGAAUGGCGUUGUUUAUAAUUAUCCAUUUGCUGCACAAAAGUAGCUUUUGAUAUUUACUUGGCGUUUCUUUUGUUUUUUUCUUUCCUUUGUUUGACUUAUUCAAAAGACUUUUUUUCUUUUUUUUGUCAAACCGUGCCACGGCAUUUUUUAUCGGGCGUCAAUCAGUGGAAGAUUUCACUUCAUUGGUUCCGAAUGGUAUGUAUAGGAUUUAGGAUAUGUAGGGUAUAGGAGGUGUAGGAUAUAGAAUUAAGAACCUCAUGUGUUCGUCACAUACAUACAUCAAGAGAUUUGGGAAUAGAAUAUGGAAUAUAGGGAAUACCUGACCUGAUCUAAACCUGGAACUGACUUCAUAUUAGCACAUUGCAGUUUGCGCUUCUUCUAAUGUAUGAAUGAACGAGUGAGUGAAUAGUGUCUGGAUAUUUUAUAGUGGACUUUAAGGGGUUUUAUGAGUGCUUGAAAUAUUGUU